AGGACGAACUUUCUCACAAUCGAUAGUCAUAAUGACAAAUAGGCUCGGCAAAACCGCCGCUCGGCGAGCCGAAGGCUCAUACCAUUCAAAUAAUUCUUCCAAGAGAGACUGUUCCGACUUUAGUGUUAAGAACAUAAAAAGGGAAAAAGAGAAAACACAGUAGACACAUCUGAAUUUCAUCUUCUUCGUUUAAGCUUCAAUGUCACUCCUCAAUCAACUCUUUAACAGAGGUGUCUUUGCCGGAAAAUGCAAAACUUGCUUGAGCUUGGCAAUCUCGCGGAUCAAGUUGCUGCAGAAUAAGAGGGAUCUGCAACUGAAGCAUAUGCGCAAGGAGAUCGCACAAUUCUUGCAGACAGGGCAGCAACCAAUAGCUCGAAUUCGGGUGGAGCAUGUAAUACGGGAACAAAACGUAUGGGCUGCAUAUGAAAUUCUAGAGUUGUUUUGUGAAUUUGUUCUUGCUCGUGUCCCGAUCAUUGAAAGCCAGAGAGAAUGUCCAGUUGAACUGCGAGAGGCUAUUGCAAGCAUAAUAUUUGCUGCUCCUAGAUGUUCUGAUCUUCCAGAUUUACUUCAGCUGAAGAAUUUGUUUGCAGUGAAAUAUGGGAAAGAAUUUGUCUUUGCUAUUUCUGAGCUUCGUCCUGAUUCUGGCGUUAAUCGAUCAAUUAUUGAAAAGCUUUCCGUGAGUGCUCCUCCUGGAGAACUAAAGCUCAAGGUCAUGAAGGAGAUUGCACAAGAACACGGACUCAACUGGGAUUCUUCCAGCACUGCAUCUGAAUUUAGUAAAACUCACGAAGACCUGCUGGGCGGACCCAAGGUAGUACAAGGAGCAGCCGCCUCACAAACUCCUCAACACAGCUCUUCGAAUCCUUCCAUUCCUUAUGAGGCAGCACAUCCCGCUGCGUCUCCCAUGGGAAAGCAAGAACCCGAACGCCACCAUACAUUUAGCCCAAUUAGCAAUAUUACAAGCGAAAUCAAAGCAGGACAUAAACAGUUUGAUGUCAAACCAGAAGUUGCUGCUAAAUUAGAUACAAGACCACCUCCAUCAGAUGUAUUAGAGAAAGCCAAAGCUGCCAUUGCUUCAGCUGAGCGUGCCACUGCAGCAGCCCGAGUAGCUGCUGAGCUAGCAAAUGUCAAACUUGGAGCAAUGAAGUUUGAAGGAGGACAAACUUCGGAGUGCUGAAGACAAAAAGAAAGGUAAUGACGGUCAUUUCAACGAAAGGGAUAAUUGCAUCGAUUACAAUGUUGCAUGUAGGCACAAUCGAAAAGACGUUCAAAAUCCACAAAUGAAAUGUAGUAGAGACAAUUGUAGUAAAUAAGUUUUUGUUAAGUGCGCUAGAACUCAAACAUAUAUUUUCGAUAUUCUAUACUUUCAAUGAGUAACAUAAAUGAAGAUGUACAUAAAAUGUGAAUAGUAGAUGAUAGAAAAUAAAUAUAACUCAAAGAUUGCACCAA